AUGGUCGACCGCAGCCCUCAUAUCUUGGCCGUGUCUUGUCUGUUCCUCGUUCUUUCCUGGAUGACCGUCGGCUUACGAGUUUACACCCGUGGCUUCCUGAGGAAGACAUGGGGGCGUGAUGAUUCGUACAUGGUUUCAACCAUAAUUAUCGCUGCCGUGUAUGGCGCUGGUCGACACCGAUGGCACCUCACAGACAAAGAUGCACGGACUGCGCUUCUGAUCUGGUUCCUCUGCGAACUUUUGUACAUUUUGACCAACUGCCUUUUCAAAUUCGCCAUCGGGUUCUUCUUGCUUCGAGUCGCAAUCCAGGAUUGGCACAUCAUUGCUAUCAAGGUGCUCAUGGCUGGUGCUCUCUUCUUCGGGGUCGGGCACUUUUUCCUGGCCAUGUUUCAAUGUAUGCCCGUCAGCGAGUUUUGGACCAAUCAUCCUGCGUCAGACAAAUGCUUGCCAAAAGGGCCAAUCUUGGGUACUACAUACACGAUCUCUGCUAUUAAUGCAUUGACAGAAUGGGCGUUCGGAAUAAUACCCAUGUGUAUCGUCUGGAGCCUGCAGAUGAAGAUGAAGACCAAGUUGCUUGUUGCUAGCACUCUUGCCCUGGCCGCUGUCGGAAGCGCUGGCACAAUCGUUCGCAUGAAAUACAUUGACACGCUCAAGGACGGAGUUGAUUUCCUUUAUACUUCGACUGACAUCGCUGUCUGGAGCACGGUCGAACUAGGUAUGGGUCUUGUUGCUGGCAAUGUGGCAACUUUGCGUCCGCUCAUCACACAAUGUCUAUGGCGCCUGGGCCUUGAUUCAGAAGCCCGUGGCCAGCAAAGUCCACCGUAUUUUUACCCAGAAAAUAGCAAGAGAAAGAAAAGCCGCCACGACUACUGCAGAAGUCUGAGUCCGUCUGAUUUAGUACCUGCAGAUGCAAACGGAACAACGUCUACAGAAAUAUGUUGCCCUGGGCGCACACUUUAUGAAGACAUUGUCAUCAUGUCGAAGAUUACCACGAACGAGGGGGCCGAGGCGACGAAUCCUGGCAAUACUCCGCCUGGACACAUCAUACAGACGGUAACAUGGGAGCAGGACUUUGAGCCUCCCCUUACACCUAGAGGGCACCCCGCAUCAACGAUUCGCCUCAACAAACGUCAAACGCUUGAGCGCAGCAUCGUAGCUUCAAGUCCAACGCAUCUGUUGGCACGUGUUGAAUCUGCCCGCUGUUCCUGUUGCGCUUUCACCUGCGAAGAGCUUGUUGCUGCUAGUGUUGCGCUGCGCUCUACUCACCUCUACUUGCACGUGGCCGUUGCAAAGGUGGCACCAGACCUGAACACAUUCAAUAGCUUGCCCACGAUCCCACGGUUUCUCCACCUCUUGAGCCAUGCCAAAUCUCUGAUUGGUAGCUAUGGACCAUACACAACAUUGCCAAACACAAUGGUAUUUGUCCGUGCCGACGUUACCCGCGAUACCAGUAGUAGUCAAGAUGCUUCGCCCGCCGUUCUCGCGCUGUCUUUAGCUGCAGCUCAGGAUUGCAAAGAAUACGCGCAACCACAAAGCCUCGCUAGUCAGGAUCUCAUAUUCUUGGAGCAUCUUUGGAUGUCUACACUAGCCGUACUCGAAGAGUUACUCGAGACAAACAAGUUGGAUAUCGAGACAGUUAGUUGGGGUAUCGUCGGUCUGUGCGCUGGGUACAUGGUCAAAGUCCAAGAUCAAGACUUUCAAUCAUACAAGACACGCCUGUCUAAUGCGCUCAGACUUAUGCCAUCUCUUGACUGGCCGGGUCAGGGCUCCCAAUGGGAUAGUUACCGCGGCUACAUGAGCUCCACUGGGACUACUGUUCGCGUCUUGGCUACCGCGCGUUCAGAGAUUCACGCCUGUACGAUUAUGCUUCUUCAGCGGUUUGCAAACGAGGAGUGGAAGAAGAUUCGGUGGUAUCAUGGCAUUGCGGUGGCCGAACGGUGGAUAGGUGCGCUGCGUGGCUGCGAGAUGGAGAAUUAUAAGGUUGAAGACAACAAGUCGGCUUGA